AUGAUUUAUCUCUUCUCUAUGUUUGUGUACACACUGUCUCUGCCAACAUCCUAUCUUCUUUUAAGAAAUGCAUUCUUUUUUCUUCUUUCAGUUCCAAGAUGUAGAGCCCUGAAGGAAAUGGAUUUAAUUCAGAGUUCUGAAUUAGAUUGUUAUUGUUACAAUAAAAAUACUCACAUGAAGUGGAACUCCAUUUGGUCAACUGUACAGGUGAAGGUUACCAGUCCAGGUUUGCUCCUUAUUGUGCAUAUCACAGAAAGACAUAAAUGCCAGUAUCCACAAACCAUUAUAACUUUUAUCAAGUGUGUGAUUCAUAACUUUUGGAUGCCAAGGGAAUCUAACGAUGCAACUAUAGUCAUCAAUCCAUAUGGAGACACUGUAUGUUUCUCUGUGCAGCCUGUCAGGGACAUAUUUAUCUAUACAAUAAGAGUGACUCAAAAUGUGAUGGAUAUCAGUCUCUUCCUUGUGUUUGUGACAGGCAUUGUCCUCUUCUUUUAUGCAAAGCGCUUGAGUCAAAGUUCCAUUUUCUUUUACUUAUCGGGCACUGUGCUAGGUGUUCUAAUGACACUCGUCUUUGUACUGUUAAUGAUGAAAAGGUUCAUCCCAAAGUAUAGCACGUUUGGGGCUUUAAUGGUUGGUUCUUGGUUUGCUUCAGUUUACAUUUUAAGCCAAUUGGUGGAUCAUCUGAAGUGGCUGUGGUAUCAAAGCAGAAUAUAUUUAUUAGGCUAUACCUUGACAGUUGGACUUUUCAGCUUCACCGUUUGUUACAAACACGGGCCCCUGGCUGAUGAGAGGAGCAGAAGGCUUCUGAUGUGGGCUCUGCAGCUCCUCUCCCUGGUGCUUAUCCGCUCAGGGGUCUCCGUGCCUCAGUUUGCGUAUGCAGCCAUGGCCCUCAUCUUGUGCUCCAGAAGUCUGCACUACCCAGUGAAAGCACUCUGUUACCUGAGCCGGAAAAUGAAGAGAUGGUUUACAUCAGAAAAACUGGUAGUUAAAUAUCUCACGGAAGAGGAGUACCGGGAGCAAGCUGAUGCUGAGACCACCGGGGCCCUGGAGGAGCUGCGCCGAGCCUGCGCGAGGCCCGACUUCCCAUCCUGGCUGGCUGUCUCCAGACUCCAGGCGCCUAAAAAAUUUGCAGACUUUAUUCUUGGAGCAAGCCACUUAUCGCCUGAAGAGAUUCAUCUGCAUGAACAACAAUAUGGUCUUGGUGGUGUCUUUUUGGAAGAGCAGCUCUUUAACCUGAAUGUGACACCUGCGAGUGAAACGUCAUCCUAA